GAUUCGAUAAUGGUUUUUGAAUAUUUAAAGAAAUAAUUGUUGAAUUAAAAAAGUGAAUGCAAUUAAUUAAAAUUGUGAGCGAUAUCAGCAAGUGUUCCAAAAUUUUGCACCUUAUUCCAUAACGAUUUAUUGCCUGUCGUCUUUUUUUUUUGGUUGUCCGAAGGGCAUUUACUUUCAGAGGGAAGACCUCGAACUUGUGCAAAAAGCAGGUGCAUUUAAAAUAAUUGUCAAGAAGUUAGUUCUUCAUCAUAACAUAUGUGCAAAAACAAACAACCAUACAAAAAAUUUAACGAAACAAACAAACGAAAAAGAAGAGUUUUGCAACCCUUGUCAGGGCUUAGCUCAAGUGCAGCAAUAAAAAAUAACUUUUAACAAAACCUUAUAAAAAAGCAAAAAUAAAGAGGGAUGUUCCCUUGAAAAACGUAACGUCUGCUUUUUGGCUUCUCAAAACAUAAAACAAAACAUAACAAAAACAACAUAAAAAGUGAAUUGCCCAACACAGUGCGAACCCCCAGUGCAUUUAACUGCUUGCAAUGUUCUCAAUCAAGCAUAAGCAUAAAAUAAAUAUUUCCAUUUAAAUAAAAGCAAUUUUCAAGCAAAUUCCCCCUCAGAAAAUUGUCUUAAUUUUACCCCACCCUCGAAUCGAUUUUGGUUGGAACAAUGGCUACAAUGGAUACCGUAGCCAUUAAAACUGCACCACCCCAUGCGCCUUUGGCCUCAUCGCAGCAACAUCAACCACAGCCACAUUUGAAACAUUCCAAACAUAGUUUGGCUCGUACCCACAGCAGUAGCAGUGGCAGCAGCAACUCGACUGGCACUGGUGUUAAUCCCAUCGUCAAUGGCAACAAUUCCAGCUGCACAGCGGCGAAAACCUCUGCCGCUGGCAUAGUAAAUGAUGCCAUCUACCAUAAAUCAAGUAUUGGCGCAUUUUUCCAAACUUGCAAGGUCUUAUGGCAUUUGGAUGCCUUUCGCAGAUCAUUUCGUUCUCUGAAUCAGCAUGUUUGCAGCGGACAAGAUUGUAUUUUUUGUGCCCUAAAGGAACUUUUCCAACAACUACAAACCAGCUCCGAGCCGGCCUUGUGUCCCGAACCCCUACGUCGUGCAUUGGCCUCUGGCCCCUUGGCCGGUCGCCGUUUCCCCUUGGGCUGUUUGGGAGAUGCUGCCGAAUGUUUUGAAUUGCUAUUGCAUCGUGUACAUUCGCACAUAUCGUCAGAUGACAGUGAUUCCUGUGAAUCGCAAGCCUGCAUAGCCCACAGACGUUUUGCCAUGCGUGUCAUCGAGCAGAGCGUUUGCAAAUGUGGUGCCAAUUCGGAGCAGUUGCCAUUUACUCAGAUGGUCCAUUAUGUCUCUGCCUCGGCAUUGACCUCACAAAAUUCCCUGGCUUUGCAGAAUCAUCAGCAAUUGACUUUUGGCCAGCUGCUGAGGGCGGCCGGCAAUAUGGGUGAUAUUCGUGAUUGUCCGAGUUCCUGUGGUGCCAAAAUUGGCAUUUGUCGUGCCCUCUUGAAUCGUCCCGAUGUUGUGUCCAUUGGCAUUGUUUGGGACUCUGAGAGGCCAGCUGCCGAUCAGGUCCAUUCGGUGUUGAAGGCCAUCGGUACAAGUCUACGUUUAUCUGAUGUUUUCCAUCAGGUCACCGAACAAAGAUGGGCCCAGGGUGUUCAACAUGAAUUGGUUGGCAUUGUAUCGUAUUAUGGCAAACAUUAUACCACAUUCUUCUUCCAUACCAAACUUAAGGUUUGGGUGUAUUUCGAUGAUGCCAAUGUUAAAGAGGUUGGCCCCCACUGGGAAGGUGUGGUAGACAAAUGCAGCCGUGGUCGCUAUCAACCUUUGUUGCUACUCUACGCUGUGCCCCAACCACAAACGGUGCCACAAAGCAAUAAUACCCCCAUGGCCAAUGGCCAGAUGACAUCAGCCCAAUACAUGCAUGAAUUGGCCAACAAUUCUCAAUCGCCAGCUGUACGACGAGCCAUUACUCCAAGCCCCGAGAAACCUCAGAUGGGCAAUACCAGACGUGCCAUUACACCCACCCCAUUGCGCAUGCCCAAUGACUAUCAGAAUCUAAGUGUUAUACAGAAAAAUAUAUUCCCACCAGGACAGCAGCAGCAACAGCAUCAACAACAACAGCCGGGACAGCAUCCCUCAGAUCCUUCGGCCCACCUUAACUCCGAUGAGACAGAUGCCUAUAUAAGUCGCAAGACAGUUGAACAUGUACUCAGUGCCCAAUAUCAAAAUCUGAGUAUUAUCCAGGAUAAAAUCUUUCCCCAGGACGAAAAGGAUAUCAAUGCGCUGAACAACUAUCAACAGCGUAAAUCCUUGGAGGCCGUAUUGAAUUCACAAUUGGCACGUAAACAUCAGCAGCAUUUGCAGCUACAGCGAUCACAUAGUGCUGAAUCGGGCCAUGUUUCAGGUGGAGGUUCGUCGGCAUCAUCCACCACUUCGUCAACGAACAGUUCAUCACCACCCAGUGAUGGUUUGACCAUACCGGAACAUUUGAAUCAACCACGUCGACGUGAUUCGGGCAACUGGUCUGGGGAUCGUAAUUCAGCCAGUUCUGCAUCAUCCACAACCUUGGAUAAUCCCUAUUUGUAUAUGGUGGGUAAACGUUCGGCCGCCGCAGUGCCUCAGAGUCCUACACGUAAUGGUCUGCCCUAUGAUCCGGGCUAUGAUUCAUUUUCUUUGAGUUCAACAGAUUCAUAUCCACCAAAACACCCGUUGAAUCCCCAGCUGGCCAAAAUCCCCGAAUCCUCACCAUCCGUGGUGCUGACGGGUGAUUGUGAAAAAUUGUGCCACGAAGCCGAUCAGCUUUUGGAAAAAUCUCGUUUGCUGGAGGAAUCUCAUGAUUUGGAGACGGCUUUGGUUUUGUGCAAUGCUGCUGCCGGUAGGGCUCGCGCCGCUAUGGAUGCACCCUACAGUAAUCCACACACCAUGACUUUUGCACGCAUGAAACACAACACCUGUGUCAUGAGAGCCCGAUCCUUGCAUCGCCGAAUUCUGUUGGAAAAGGGAGCCGAAAUGGAUGCCAUGCCUGAGAUGAAACAUAUGCGUGAGGGUUCGACGAGCAGUGUCAUCAAACAUGUUCGACAGAAUAGCAAAGAUAAAACAUUGGAUGGUAGUACGACGGCUGUCACAAAUUCUCCCACCUCGGCGAAUGCUGGUGGCAGUAACCAUAACAGCAGCAACAACAAAUCCAUUGAAAUCUAUGCCACCCUACCGAAAAAGAAGAGUCCCUUGAAAGCUUUGGUCACGGCCUCCUUGGCUUCCAAUGACACAGAUAAUAUUGAGUAUGACCCCUCUCCCGUGGCUGCCAAACCGGAAAGAGAAAGUCGUUCGCUCUUCGGACGCAGCAAACAGGAGAAGGAUAAACGUAGCCGCAGUGAGGAUCGCAAUAAAAUCAGUAGGGAAUUCUCUUUGACCGAAACGCUGCUGGUAAAUGCCAAGGACACCUUGAAGAAACACAAAGAGGAUAAAGAUGAAAAGAAGGAGAAGGAUAAAAAUGGCAAGAAACAACAUAAAAUCCGGCGUAAGUUACUGAUGGGAGGUUUGAUCAGACGUAAAAAUCGUUCCAUGCCUGACCUGACCGAGGCCGGUGAUGAAGUGGCCAACAAUCAACAAACCGCCGCCAAUCCUCCGCCCCUUACCGCCUCCGUUGAUGAUUCGGUUGUCGGUCUGCAACAUGCCAACUCCAUGAGUGGUUACAUUUCGGAGGGUCAUUUUGAUUUCCGUGAGGCAAAUGGUGCAGCCAAUGGCAACACUGCCAAUCCCAAUUUGGAGCGUAGCAAACUGAUGCGUAAGAGUUUCCAUGGCAGUGGCAGACAACUGACCGUGGUGGCCAAGGUGCAACCGCCACCACCACCAAUGCGAACGUCGUCCACAUUGACACAACAGCAACUGCAACAACAAUUGGCAUUACAACAGCAACAGGAUGCCGCUCUCAUGCAACAUUUCCACCACGAGGCCACCUUAUCCAACCUGUCCGUGAUGAGUUCGAACACCUCGAUAAGUGAGGAUUCCUGCCAGACCAUAAUCACCACCUGCGCCCAAGUUCACAACGAACAAAGUCCCCUGGCCAAGGAACAUUUGUAUCAGCAAUCCUACAAGGCCAGCGAGCAGAUGUCAGCCGACGAGGUUGAUGGUGGAAUGCCAAUCGCUGCCCAUGGAAGACAAGAUUCACAAGAUUUCCCGCCACCACCACCGCCAUUGGAAUUACCUCCCUACCCCAGUCCACCGCACAGUGUUAGCCAUUCGCGGCAAGCCAGUGAAGAUUUCCCGCCACCACCACCCGAGAUUGAUUUGGAACCCCUAAAUCAACAGAUCAAUCAAAUUCAGGCAUUGGAGGCAGCCAACAAACAACAGCAGAGAAAUCUUGAAACAAUGGAAGGCACCACCAGUAUUUUGGCCCAGCUUCAGCAGAGGCAGCAUUUGAUGAAAAUGCGUAAGGAACAUGGCAACACCCCGACCUUUGGCAACAAUGCGGAGAAUUCCUGGCUGCGGGAGUUGCAAUCGAAGCAGUUGCAACGACAACAGGAUCUGACAAAUGUACAAUCCAUUGCCCAGCGUUAUGAACAGCAGCAACAACAACAACAACAGUCGCCAAGUCCCAUGAGGGCAUUUGGUUCCCAGGAACUCUUGAAUGUCAAGUCGCAACCCAUGAGGGCCACUCUCAAUGGCGUGCCACAAAAGCCCGAGAGCGAUGAGGUAGAUUGUUUGCCACAAAGGCCACCAUUGCCUCCCCAGGCUUUGCAGCAAAGGCAACAACAAUUGCUGCAACAACAGCAACAACAAAUCUCCUCCAUAUUACCCAAACCGAAAUAUGAUAUUUCCCAAACCCAAAUUGCCGAGGAGAUUCGUGAGGUGGAGCUGCUCAACAAUAUGGUUCAACAGACCCUCAAUGCCACGGCCAAUCAACCAGGCCUCAAUAAUGCCCCACCCAAGCGGGUGAAGAAGAAAAGUGUAUCCUUCUGUGACCAGGUUAUCCUUGUGGCCACAGCCGACAAUGAGGAGGAUGAUGACUUCAUACCCAAUCCCAUUUUGGAGCGUGUGCUGAGAACGGCCCAAAGUCCCAAUGAUAAGGUGACCGCACAGAUGAUACAGCAGCAGCAACAGAAUAUCAUGAGGCUCCAAACAGAGGCUCCCACAAGGGGUGGAGUACAACAGCAGCAGCAGCAACAACAAGUGCAUUCUUUGGCCCAGCAGCAGCAACAACAGCAAAUGGCCCAGCCAUCUCCCAUGUUGGGCGCCGAACGAAGAGCCGCCCUGACAGCAGCCCAAGAUAUGCAGCGCUAUGUCCAGCUGCAAAGACCCCAAUUGGAGGCUAUGCGUUUACAGCAGCAACAAAUACAACAGCAACAACAACAAAUGCAGCAACAACAACAUUUACAACAAUUGCAAAUGCAACAGCAACAACAACAACAGCACAUGCAGAAACCCGCCCAGCUACCCCCAGGCCAAGUGUAUACCCCCAUUCAGGAUAUUUAUCGCCUGCAGCAGCAGCAACAACAGCAACAACAACUGGCUGCAAGCAAUAGUAUGUCCCAUGUCCACAAUGAAAUGCCCGCCACCCAGAACCCAAUGCAACCACGCACCAGUAUGAGCGGCAUCGCAAAUGUUGCCGCGUCGCAACAUAUGCAGAUGUUGGCAACGCAUACACAACAACAACAACAACAGCACCAAGCACAACAGCAACAACAAAAUUCGGCCAUUCAACAACAACAACAAAAUUACACUAUGCCUCCCCGGGUGGCCACACAACCUGUUGCACCCAACUAUUAUCCUGGAAUUGCAGGAUUAGAACAACCUCAACAACAACAGCAACAGCAGCAGCAACCCCAACACAUUCCCUCCCCCUAUCAAAGAGUUCCCAUGCCCCAUGGCUAUCCCAAUCAUCACAGUGAAUCUCCACAGUUCAAUCGUCCUGCCAACCCUGCCCUACAUCCCAAUGCCCAUUCCUAUAUGCCCCUGCCUUCUAAUUCACAGAUUGUCGCCCAAAAUGCGCAACCGGUCAAGACGAAGAAGGUGAGUUUUGAGCCUGGCACCAAGGGAGAUUCCAGUGAGAACAGCAACCUGCCACCCAAGCCCAUGCCCAUGCAGCAACAACAACAACUUCUACAACAAGAUGGCCUGCCCUUACCACCUGGCGCCCAACAGCAAAUGACCACCACUGAUAACAGCAAUGUAAAUGUAACUGCCAUACCCACCCGAGUCUACAACAAUGCCAUUGUCAAAGCUUCGGCCAAAGCUUCCGAGUGCAAUUUGUGUCGCAAACGUCAUGUCAUAGCUCCUCAACAGUACUGUACAAACUGUGAAUACUAUUUGAAGAUGUUGAACAAUCGCAGAUAAUUUUCGACCAGGCGCUGAGAAAGCUUCAAAGCUUUGGAAAUGUAAAACCCAUAAGAAAGCUUAUCUAAACUUUGGAAUUUCGGUUAAUUUUCCUGCCCUUACAAUGUAAACGAAAGCAUUUCUUAACUAAUUCUAAGUUUUAGAUCCGUAGUUUUUAGGUUAAGUCGAAUUUUAAUUUAAAUUUAAGAAUUUUGAAAAGAAUCUCAUAUGAUGCUAGUAUCAUAAUUUUACAUUGCGUGUUAUUAACAUAAGACGCACACACACACAACUACAUACAUAUGUAAAUAGAAAUGUACAUAUGUAAAAAUGUAAAGGUAAGUAUUACAACUAUUAUUUUUUUUUUUGUCGUUUUGUCGUUACGUUAAACUUGAAAACUUUCUCUUCAUGUGAUAUUUUUUCUGUUAAACGUUAUCCAAAAAACACUGGAAUUUUCCAUUCCCCCCCCCCCCCCCCCUUUUCAUCAAGGAAAAUGGGAAAGCUUUCGAAGCCUGCCAUGCAUGCUUUAUACGCUUUUGUUUUGUUUGUUUGUGUCUCACUAACAGCCUUUAAUGAAACUUUGCUAAACAAUAUUAUCUACUAUUAUUAUGCUUUACCACCUACUAAGAAAGAGCUUCCUUUUCAAAAUCCUCCCCCCCCAAACCCUUAACUUUAAGGCAAACAUUGUCGAACAAUGUUUUCCACACAUUUUACUUUUUAAUAAUACAUAUAUUUACAUAUAUUUUAAUAGGUUAAGUCUAAUUGUAGUUGUUAGUUAUUAGUUUUAUUUUAAUAUUUUAUUUUAUAAUUUUUUUUUAACAUUUAUCCAUACUUUUUAUAACGUUUUUUUUUUUUCAAUGCAUUCAUCCAUUUUCCAGAAAACAAGAAGAUAAAAAGAGAUGCUUGAACAUCCACCAGAUACAACCGUAAAAAAAGAGAACAUAAGAAGUACGUAACUUUUUUUAAAAAAAAAGAAAUAAAAUAUUUUUUACAGAUAAAAUUAAAAAAAAAUACAACUGUGUUUUAUUUACUUGAAAUGGUGGGUUGGAGGGGGAAUUGGGAUUAAAGACCGUUUGGAAUGGGAAACGAAAACCAACGUAGUUUUGGAAUUGGAAUAGAUUUCCUCAUUUUUAGAACUUCUGGGUACAUAGAUGACUUUUUUCCGUUCCGAUUGAAAAUUAAAAAAAAAAAGAAAAAAAAAAACAGUAGGGAAAGGUCAAAAGUCGGUCGGGCCGACUAUAUAAUACCCUACACCACUAUGCGUAUUUAGUAGAGCUCCCGUAACAAAAAAAAAAAUAUAUA